UUACACUUAACUGUCAGUUGCUUUGAAAGCACCACUAAAGAAACUGAGUGUCUCUAUAUUUUAACCUUUGUUUUUAGAUUCUAUUCGGCCAUAUUUUCAAGUCAAGAUGUUCCUUAGAUUCUUUAUCGCUGUAAUCUUGCUGAGUAUCUGUGAUCGUGUUUUGGGCGCCAUCAGUGUCAACGUCACAGAUUCCUUGUUGACUGUCAAAAACGCUACCAAGUUAGACAACUCGACGAAACCGCAGAAUGAAAGUGUCCUUUCCAAUAUCCGAGUCCAUAUCCGAGUCCAAGCCCGAAGCUCCGAUUUAAAGCUGAAGCUGAAGAAAUUAGGGUUUAAUGUAACCGAUGCCUUAGCAGCUGUUAAUUCGACUCUGGAUUCAACAUCUGAUUCUUCAGUAUUGAAACAUACAUCAUUGGGAGGUCGAUCAGUGAAGGUGAUGCAGCACUUGUUAAAGCACAAGAUUAAGGCCAACGCGACUCACGCCAAUGUCUCAAACACCUCGUCGCAUUUGAAUUCGACUGGCAAUUCGACAUCAGAUGCUCUGCAAAUGAAAAAUGCUUCUAAAAUUGUCGAACGUGGGGUUUUCGUCGUCAUGUUUGACAGCAAGCAGGCAUUGCUGGAUAUCGCCAAUAAUACUUCUGAGGAUGCAAGUGACGCAUCCGAUUUAUUCUCACUGCUGACCAACUCCUCAUCAGUGAUGAAUGAGACCGAGUCUGGGAAAUUGUUGGAUGGAUCCAACAAUUCAAACAGCUCCGCUAGCCUAGGUGAGCUCUGAGUUGGGGUUAUGAUGAGCAGCAAUUUUCGUCAUGGAAAUCGAAUUUUGCUAAUUCUUGUAUAAAAUUGUGAUCUCUGUAAAAACUUGUUUUAAUUGUGUACAGAAUUGUAUUUUAAAUUAUUGUAUAAAUCGCAUCCAUUAAAUCCAAUCUAAAUAAGGGUA